AUGACGACUACCUCCCCUCACAUGCCCUACAUGAAAGAAUGCCUCUCCCUAGCGGAAAAAUCACCCCCAAGACCUACCAAUUUUCGAGUUGGCGCAGUCCUCAUAUCCCGGAGAGACAACGAUCCCACCUUCAAAGACGACCGGAUCCUCUCGACGGGGUACACAAUGGAGCUCGCAGGCAACACACAUGCAGAGCAAUGCUGCUUCGCCAACUACGCUGCAGUACACAAUGUCCCCGACGAUAAAGUGAGCGAAGUCCUCCCCGUUGAGCCCGGACGCAAGCUUGUCAUGUAUGUGACGAUGGAGCCGUGCGGGAAGCGGCUGUCUGGGAAUACGCCAUGUGUGCAGCGCAUCACGCAGACAGCGGAGGGCGGGCGAGAGGGUAUCCAUAAGGUUUAUUUUGGAGUCAAGGAGCCUGGCACGUUUGUUGGCGAGUCUGAGGGGUGUCGGAUGUUAACUCAGGCUGGCAUUGAAUGGGAGCAUGUUAGUGGCUUGGAAAGGGAGAUUUUAACUGUUGCUUUUGCGGGGCACGACAAUGCGGAGAAGGAGGUCAGGGCCGCAUUGGGAGAGAAGGAGACUAAUGUUGAUGACAUCAGUGCUGAGGAGAGGAAGAGGCAGGAGGCGAUGCCGAGGAAUCCGUUGAAGAGGAUGAUGGAGGGGGAUAAGCAUGUCUAUCUAUAA